AUGAACGCAGAUGAGUUUUGGCUUUGGGAGGUCGGCACUGGCGACGGCCACCUGUACGUGUUCGAGAAUGGCGCCACCACCCUUACCCGCUCGGUCAAGGCCCACACCGGACCAGUGUAUACUCUCCAUCCUGUCUUUUCCGCCGCCCCAGUCAAGGCGGCCGCAGCGUCGGAUGAGCAGCUGGGCGAUGACGGAAGCGAAGGGCAGGGGUUCUGGAGUGGAGGCAAGGACGGGCUGGUGAAGUUCUACAAUGGUCAGGCUCUCGCCGGUGGCGGUGGCAUGGGGAAGAAGCGCCUGCCUGGGGCGGGUGGCUCCGGCGUCAGCCUCGACCCCGCUGUUCGGAGCGUCUUCUCGUCUCGAGACGGCCGCAGGCUACUCGUGGGAACGAGGGGUGGGGAGCUCUACGAAAUGAGCACCGCAGACGGGAGCGACGCCGCUUCCGCUGGUGCCGGAGGAGCGUCGGGGCGGGGGAGCGGCGGUGGGCCACUAACCGCAGGACACGGGAGAGGACAAGUGUGGGGAUUGUCGGCUCACCCUACGGAACGACUUUAUGCCACUUGCGGUGAUGAUGGCAGCGUGAGGAUAUGGUCACUCGAUGACCGGAGGGUGGUAGGGAGCAUUUCCACGGAUUGCUCGUGCCGCGCGAUCUGUUACAGCCCUGAUGGAAGCGCUCUUGCGAUGUUUGAUUAUAUGGGGUUCUUCUCGUCCUUGUCCACAACUACCCGCCGUAUUACAAACUCUGCGUUCAUGAAGGUGGGAUGCGGUGGUGGCAAGGGCAAGGCUGAUGCCACCAAAUCCGGAACGUUUCUGGUACUUAAGUCGGAGAACCUAUCACUACGCCACGAAGGAAAGGAUGCCGAUGACUGGAUUAGGGAUGUGAAUUAUUCAUCAGAUGGGGCCCGUUUGGCUGUGGCCUCGAAUGACUGCAAGGUGUACAUUUAUGCGACGAAGGACGGGUUCACCAAGCUCAGCACCAUCGCCUCCCACCAGAGCUUCGUAACGCAUGUCGACUUCUCGUCGGACGGCAACUACGUGCAGAGCGCCGACGGAGCUAGUUCUCUUCUCUUCGCCGACGCCGCUACAGGCAUUCAAAUCCCAAGUGCGGCGGCGAUGAAGGACAUCGAGUGGGGCACUUGGACACUCCCAUUCGGGUGGGCGGCGAGGGGCGUGUGGCCGAUAGCUGGGAAUGAUCCCGGGACUGAGAUUUCCUGUGCCAGGCGCUCCGGGGACUCCUCCCUUCUCGCGGCGGGUGAUAACUUCGGCUGCGGAGUGGAUGGAAGCGUGAUGCAAUGGAGGAAAAUAGCAGAGCCAGAUGCGAUCGAUAGCGGAGACGAGGCCCAGCGCAGCGGCGAGGACAGCGAGCUGGAGGGCGACGGUGGCUUGCGGUGCUGCAACAGCAGAAAGCAACCGCAGCAACAGACGGUGCGCCGCUUACGCAGCGCAAUGCACGAGGGACCAGCUGGUGCUGCCGACCCUCGUGCCGGUGGCGGUGGAGAGGUGACAGGGGGCGAUGCCGCGGCGGCCGGCGGUGGUGAAAGCGCAGCGGCGAGCGCGGCGGCGGCAAUGGCGGGUGUGAGCCCGUCCAAGGCGAAGAUGCCGUGGGUGGCGGCGAUGGUCCCGCCCUCUAACAUGAAGGCGGACACGACUGCUCCGGAAAUCCGCACGAGGCUGGACGCUGUCCACGGCUGCCGCGCGGAGGACCUUCGGGGAUGUGUUUGGUACAACCACGAAGAAGGUAUCGUCUACCCCGUGGCGGCGCUCUGCGUUAUCUACGACCCCCGAACCGGCCGACAGUCUUACCACGACGGUCACCUGGGUGAUGUCAUCAGUCUAACCGUUUCUUCGUGCAGGCGUUUCGCCGCAUCAGGGGACGCGGCUGAUCCUCCCCGGGUUCACGUCUGGGACGCCGUCACCGGGGCAGGGGUUGUGUGCGGGGCGGCGGGAGGAGAGACCUCCGGUCUGCUGCCCUCCUUCCACAAGGUUGGCGUCGCGCUGCUGGCGUUCUCUUGCAACGGUCACUGGCUCGCAUCCAUGGGUCACGAUCCGGAGCACACGCUGGCCGUCUACACGAGCCCUUCCGGGCAAUGGUGGGACGCUUUCCCGGUAGCAACCGCCAAGGCCGGCUUCACCCGCUUCCUGUGUCUGGUUUUCACGGGGCAGGAGGCGUUCCCGCUGUUGGCGGGCGGGAUCAAGACCGUUUCGUUCUUCGGCCACACCGAUGGCUCCAGGGGCUUGAGACGCAAACGAGGCGUGUUCGGGUUCCGUAAAAAGAUUCAGCCCGUUCUGUGCGCUGUGAAGAUGGGCGAGGACCAGACUACGCUGACGGGAACUGUGACCGGCCACCUCUAUUCCUGGAAGUACGGGGUCUUCGAGACCCACCCGGCAAGUGCCGUGCUGCAUUCGAUCUGCUCGGUCGGAUCGGCCUGCAAGUUCGUCGCGUGCACCCGCGCGGGAGAAAUUUACGAGAUUUCGAAAGACAGCGGGCGCCUCCUUCUUCUCGCAGACGGGCACGGCAAAGGCCAGCUGAGGGGGCUGGCGACCCACCCCACGGAUCCAGACGUCUACGCCACUGUUGGAGAUGAUGCCUUUGUUAGGGUAUGGAGCUUGAGCCUUCGCCGGGCCACCCUCAAGAUGAAGGUGGACUCGGCGGCGCGGUCCCUCGCGUUCUCUCCCUCCGGAAAGCACCUCGUUGUCGGCCUGGGCGGGGACCGUGACGCCAUGGUCAAGGAAGGGACGGUAAUUGUCUUGUCCGCGGAGACCCUGGAGAUCUUGGAGGAGGUUCGCAGUGCCAAGACUUGGAUCUCGGACAUGAAGUACAGCAAGGAUGGAGCUCUUCUCGCGGUAGCCACGAGCAGCGGCCAGAUCUACGUCCAUGAUGCCGCCGACCACUACAGUCUCAAGUGCACGACGAAGAAACUCGAGGACGUGAGUUCUAUCACCAGCAUGGAUUUCUCCACCGACAGGGAAGUCCUGCAAGCAACGACAAGCUCGAAGGAUCUCUUGUUCUUCCACGUCGCGGACGGGCGCCGGCUGACCGCCAAAAGCAAGACGAAGGACCUCGCUUUUGAGACGCAGACGUGCCCAGCCGGGUGGACUGUCCAGGCUACUUGGCCUCAGGGUCGGCCCGACCUGGAGCCGGUGUCAACCGACCGAUGCACGCCGGCCCUGGUCGAGAGGCAGCCGCAGUUGGGGGCUCUGCUCGCGGCGGGGUACAAGACCGGGCAGGUCGAGGUUUUCCGGUGA